AUGCUUCAGCACGAGCACGAACUGUCCCCCAGGGAGCCCAGGGCUUGGGUGGAGAAACAGAGUAGGAGCGGGUUGCUAGGAGAGGGGCUGGUUGUUGUGGACGUCAAAGCGGACAUCCCGACGGUCAUGGCAGUGCUCUCAGAUGUUGAGCGCUAUCCUCAGAGGAUCGCCACUGUUCGUGAAGCUACCAUAAUUCCCGGAACUCGGUCAAGCGUGCGGUGCAAGGCCAGGUUCAAGCUGAGCAGAUUCCGGUUGGAAGUGACAGCAGAUCUGAGCUUGAACAAGUUCCGAAACAUGCUAGAGUUUCAGCUCGACAGGAGCGGAAUGGGCUCCAGCGCAUUCGAUGAGGCGCGCGGUUUCUGGGUGUGGCUGAGCGCUAAGGUUCGCUGCUCACCCCUCCUGCCGCCCUUCAUCGUGGAUUAUGCGGCAUCGAGGGCUCUGCCACGAGCGACGAGCUGGUUGAAACCGGUGAUCGAGCCGAUCGCCGCAGGAUUGGACAAGACUGCGUCGAAUGUGCAUACGGCAGAGCUGUACUUGGCCAGGAAUCGAGUCUCAGAGUCAGAGGACUAUCUAGCUCAUGUUAACGAUGCUAAGCCGCCAAGCUGGUCGCCUUCGGAUUCGAACAAGUCUGUCUAG